CUUUCAACACACUCGUCAAUAUGGUGCUCAUCACCGAAGAGCUGGUGCGCAAGAAGUCGGAGCACAAUGAACGCCUAAUCAGCACUCUGGAGGAGAUCUCGUUGCAUCAGGAGGACAUCGAGGUGAUAGAGCACAUCCAGAACUGGUGUCGUGACCUGAAGAUUCUGCUCCUCCAGUCCAACCUCAUUGGGCGCCUGGAGAACUUGCACAAGCUGAAGCGCUUGGAGUAUCUCAAUGUGGCCAUCAACAACAUAGAGAGGGUGGAGAAUCUCGAGGGCUGUGAAUCGCUGGGUAAACUGGAUCUCACCCUAAACUUUAUCGGGGAACUGACCAGUGUGGAGUCGCUAUGUGGCAACCACAAUCUCCGUGAGCUAAUACUCAUUGGUAAUCCAUGCGUGGAUUAUCCCCACUAUAGGGAGUAUGUGGUGGGCACUUUGCCGCAGCUGAACAGUUUGGAUUGUGUCGAGAUCACACCCUCCGAACGCCUCCAAGCAUUGAGGGAACUGGCCAAGAAUAGGGCCAUCGUCGUCCAGAAGCAGACGGAUCAGGCCAUAGAACGGGAUGAGCAGCGCAUCCGGGUGGCGGAGCAGCAGUCCGCUUUGGCACAACACUGUGCCGGCAUCGACGAUGAGGAGGAGCGCAUUAAGGCCUUCUGGCAGGCCAAGAGCGAGCACUGUCCGGAGAUUCGCACGGAGAUCGCCAGGCAGCAUCGAUUGGGCCGGGAGCGGCAUGAAACCAAGUCAGCACUGGAUCCACCGAAGCGGGAACGCAACCUAUUCGCCCCCUGCGGCAGACCCUACAAUCUCAACCAGGGCAAGCUGCCCUUCAACUUCCAGGACGAGGCUGAUCACUAUCUCCUCCAGCUGGAGGUCUACAGACACCUAGAUACUUCUCUAAUUGAUGUGGAUGUACAGACCAAUUACACUAGAGUCACGGUCAAGAAAAAGAUCUUCCAGAUCGCCUACAAUGAGGAGGUCAAGCCGGAUGAGUCCACAGUGCAGCGUUCACAGAUCACGGGUCACCUGAUGGUUACGCUCAAGAAACUAAAGGUCAACGAACUGCUGACCACCAAGAAAAGUCAGGGAAAAAGUUCUGCCCCUUCCGAUACCGAGAAAAUGGCCGGAAAACAGGAGGAAAAACUACGUGCAGUCGUGGACAUCAGUAACAUUUGUCCACCCGCCGAUCUUCCCGAUUUAAUUUGAGACAGAGUUCAUUAUUUAAAAAUGGUUUAUUUAAAUA